ACUUGCGAGAUGUCUGGACGAGGCAAAGGUGGUAAAGGACUCGGGAAAGGAGGCGCUAAGCGUCAUCGCAAAGUGCUCCGUGAUAACAUCCAGGGCAUCACCAAGCCUGCUAUCCGCCGCCUGGCUCGCCGCGGAGGAGUGAAGCGAAUCUCCGGGCUGAUCUAUGAGGAGACCCGCGGGGUGCUGAAGGUGUUCCUGGAGAAUGUGAUCCGGGAUGCCGUCACCUACACCGAGCACGCCAAGAGAAAGACCGUCACCGCUAUGGAUGUGGUGUACGCGCUGAAGCGCCAGGGGCGCACUCUCUACGGGUUCGGGGGCUAGAGAUCUGGACACGAAACACGAACACAAAGGCUCUUUUAAGAGCCGCCCACCGUUUCAUUUAAGGAGCUUUGAAUUAUAAAUCAAACUGCACUUAAGAAAACCGCAAAAUGUUUAUGAAGAAUGUUUUACGUUGUUGAUUACUAGGUUUUUCAUUUCAGUUUUUUUUUUUUUACUCUAACAGGUGGUAUAUUUCUGUAGCCCCUAAACACAGAUCGGGAUCUUUUCAUGAAACGUUUAAGCUUGUAAAUGAAUCUAUUGAAUGGAAUACGAACUCCGUUAAACCAAGGACCCCCUUGUGCAGAAAUAAAGCCCGGUAACAUUUUUAAUUCUUACCCAAUUUAGUUUUCCUAAACCAGUAAAAUAAAAGCAGUAAAUCUUGACCAAAGUUUAUUGAAUCCACAGCAUCGUCUUUUCUGAAUUCGAGGCGAAGUAUCACCGUUCAAGCUGCUGUGAAACAAUCGCUCUCUUAAACAAGCACGAAGUCAAGAAGCAUCGAUAUUGAUAUUGAGUUUCAACACGUUUAAUGAGCGCAGCAGAGCGCCCUGGGGUUCACAAUAUAUCUGUAUUUGUUGUAUAUUUUAGACGCAUCGGGAGCGGGGUUCAGUAUUACUGUACAUUGAAUUAUUGACGCAUUUAAUAAAAGAAAAAGCAAACAUCUGGAGUGACGGUUGUAAAAAAGGCGCCAAGUUCAAAUCUGAACUAAAAAAAAAAAAACCACUCCGCUCGUGGCAAAGUCACCACCCCUUCCUUU